AUGUCUAAUCAUCAGACGGAGGAGGAGGUCUUUGAAUUUUUAAAUUCAUUGCCUGAAAACAAUGGCCAACCAAACAAGGAGUCCGAGAAGACGGAUGAAGAUAUUCUGGAGUUUCUGAAUGAACUAGAGGCCAAGGAAAAAAGCAAGACGCCCAAGACGAAACAAGAACAUAAGAAGACUGAAACGGUACUGGAUUACGUGGAAGAGACAAAACCAGACGAGAUAGCAGAAAAAAAGCCUCAGAAGAAGCCUGUACAACUCAAGGAAACUACGGAACAAGUGCCAACUGAACAUGCGCCAACUGAAGAGGUGAGUGACCCAAUUACUUCGUUUUCAUCGUGGUGGUCCAAAGAAGGCAGUGCGAAAGUGACGUCCCAAUUUUCCUCUCUUUGGGGCACGGCAGAGUCUGCUAUCAAUUAUGCUAGGGAGCAGAAGUUGGAGGACAACUUGAAAAAAGCGUUUCAGGAUAUUGGCAUCACAGGGGUGCUAGAGGCGCUCGAAAAAAUCCAGCUUGAUAUUGAUGCCAAUAAAGACGAGAUAUUGGACAUCAAGUUAGUUCACGACCUUAAAAAUUACAAGGGCCUCCCGAAAUAUGUGAAGAGUAAUUUUGAAACCGUCAUGAGAGCACAAGUUGACGGCGACAUUCAGGUGAGAAUCGCGGAAAGUGGUAUUCUAUCCUCUUCAGCAGAGACCUCAGAUCAAUCCAAAAGUCUAGGUCUGUUUGCGGGUAAGUUAUCCGACGGCGAAAAGCUCAUUCAUGCAAAUAUCGAGAGUGUCAUCAAAGCGAACGCUAGUAAGGAAGAUACAGAGGCUACAAAAACUAGGAAGUCCGAUAUAUAUAUUGGCUUGCUAGCUAUAUCGAUUAGCAAGGAGGACUCACCUGCAGAAGAAUCUGAGAUAGUGACUAUUGACGAAUACCAACCAUCAUCGUUCUCAUUUACGUCAAUUCUUGUGGAUCAGACUCACGACAUCACCAUAGUCAAUCGAUCACAACCGUUUCCUCUCAAAUGGUGCAACUGGCUUGACGGAAAAUACGUAGAGGGGGAAGCAAGUGAAGAAGUCGAUCCUAGCGAGUGGGUGGCCGAUUGGAUCAACAGAGGGCUAGAUAUGAUGUUUGGAGUACUCGCGCAAACGUACAUAAUCAAACGGAUGGGGUAUUAG